AUCCGGCACAGUACAGAAGCUAUCACGAGCACGCUAUCAUGCCGCCUCUGAACCACCUGCCUGAUGAUGGUACCAUCGACGUUAUCAAGAGACGAGAAAAUACCUACCUUUCUCUGGUGAAGGUCAACACCGUGUGUUAUCCUGUCCUUUCAAAAGUCCUUGUUUGCUUACAUGCAUUGCACGACGAGAGCCUACGUUGUCCACGAAACGGCAGGUCGCGCGUCCAUUUGUUUGCUCGUUCUCGUUACAUCGCGCGGUCCGCGCGUUGAUCUAUAGCGCGCCUUUCGCCUAGUCCGUCUCACACAUUAUUAGUGCAAGGUUCACCAAGAAUUCGGCUCAUCAUGUUACAGUCUUUGUUUUCCAUCUCAGCUGGGCCAUCUGCGUUGACCUUACAGAGCGACGCGGCACUCGAAGAGGAGCGGAAACAGUCGUCUUCCAACGACACACGUGCUGGCCCUGUACAAGGGCGUGCUGGGAGGGUGCAAGCGCAUCGCAGGAGACCGCAUUGCCAUUGACCUCUGGGCAAAUAUAUGUUCGUGCAACACUCAGUUUCUCGCAGCCCUAGUCGAUACGGUGCGCUUUGUCACAGGGCAAGCGACGUCCUGUCACCUUGCUUGCAAGGUCUUUCCCGUGUCUUAUUGACCCCAUCAAAAAUGA